UAGAUUCUAGAGAGAAGUGAGAGCUAGAGAGAGAAGUGCAAUAAUAUGCUUCAGUAGAAUGAUUUUGUAACCCCUAUAACUACUCCCAAGGGGAGUAUUUAUAGAGAAAAUUAGGGUUGGGCUCCCAAGCCUUGGGCUUGGGAGGCCCAUUUACAACUGGACCGCUACUGGGCCGAAUACAAAGCCUCUAAUGGGCUGUACAAAUGAAUAAGUAUAGAAUCCGUUUCUGGGAGGUCUUCGUGGCCGACGAGGACGUGGCCGACGAGGGCACGGCCGACGAGGGCACCCGGGUUCCUUGGGCUCAGGACCAUGAUCCGAGUUGGCUUCUUCUCGGCCGACGUGGGCGUCUUGGCCGACGAGGGCGCCACUCUAUUGUCUUGUGCUUUCUGUUCUUCCGAGUAUGUGGGUCCUGGGGCUCAGACCCAUAUACUCCAUCAGGAGUCCCCCACUCUCUAAGCUGAGACGUAGACGAAGUGAAGGAGAGUAGAUUUCUGCGCUUUGUUGCUUUUGGCCGACGCGGGCAUUUCCAGACCGUUAGCUGUUGCGGUAUUGGCGCUGUUUCCAUUUUGGUGAUCCUGUUCUGUGCUUUGGCCGUUACCUGUUCCUCGUUGCGGGCGGGGAGGCCGUUGUUUCAAUGGUGGCCGUUGAAGGCGAUGAGUAUCCUUCUUUCGAUGGUGGCCGUUGAGGGCGCGCUUUCCCUUUCUUGGCCGUUGGUGGUUGAAGUUUAUGUUUGGGCCGGUGAGGCCACUGAGGUUGAACCUUGUUUCGAGGACGAUGGCGUCCUUUCCUUUGGGUGGCCGAUGAGGGUGUUUGCGCACUCCUUUUGGCCGUUGCUGGUUGGCCUUCGUGUUCUUGGCCGAAGGGCCCGUCAAGAUUAAUUGUUGGCGGAGGACGAUGAGUGUCCUUGCCUCUAGUGGCUUGUUGGCCGUUGCUAGUGACGUUAUGGGCCUUUGGCCGAUGAAGUUCUGUUGUGCUGUAUGGAUGAUGUGGCCAUGUUUUGUGGUUACCUUGUUUAUACCUUUGUUUCGUUGAGGCUGGUGUAGUCCCCCAGUCCCCCACUGCUUCAGGCCGAAGAGUGUGAGGGGUGAAGGAGUUUCUUGAGUCCCUAGCCGAAGCGGUCUCGCCGUAUUCCCCCUGAAUCCAACUCUCAUGGCGAUUUUCUGGCCAAGGUAACCCUGUGGGAGAACCCUUGUGCGCAGAUCGCUUGUAGAGAGUUAUCAUCAAGGGUUAUUACGUGGAGCCGAAGGCUGUGGGCUAUUUGUCCCCUUUGUUCUGUGGCCGUUACGUUCCUGGCCGUUGCCGUCUGCUUGUUGCCUGGCAUUUGUGAUAUUGGCAAGCAGAUGGGACGUUGUGGGCGCUUGCUGGCAGUUGUGAAGCCGUUGAGCGUGUGUAGGCCGUAGAGUCUGAUUUGCCAGUGGGCCGUUGAUAUGGGUUGGUCCUGGCCCGUUGGUGACGUGGUGGCCCCCCAGUGGUGGCCGUUGAUGUGGCCAUUGGGAGAGUGCCACGUGUAGUGACCGUUGGUGGGGGGGUCUAUAAAUACCCCUUCCCCUCCGACAAAAAAUCACGUUUGCAUUCUGAAUUUGUCGAAGUGCUGGCCGAUUUUCUAGAGAGAGAAACUCCCGAGCCUGUUCUUCGUGUUCUUCAUUGUUUGAGGUUAGUGUUCAUCACGAUCUUCCUCACUUUUCAUACUUUGCUCCGUAAAUAGUUGAUCUAGUGUUAGGCAUUUAAACACCUUUAGAUCGUAAGUUCUCCUUAAGCCCGUAGUAGUAGUAAUGAAGAGCUUGAACGAGGACUACUACCCCUACGACGACCAGCCCUCCACGAGGUCCCUUGACUACGAGGUGCUCGAGGAGUUUGAAGAGGAGAUAGAGCGUUUGAGCCCCUACAAAUCCGGAGAGCUGAUGGACGAGGAGAUCGAGGACGAGGAGUCCGCCUCCUCUUCAGAGGGUGAGGACGUAGGUGCGUCCCGAGCGGUGGACGGGGCGUCCACUUCUGCUGCCGUUCCGUGCCCGAGGCCGGUAUCUGCCGUGAAGGGCGACGCUAAGCCGAAGAGGGUGAGGAGGCCGAAGAAUGGGCCGGGCCUCUCCUAUUUGGACCUCACCAACAUAUUCCUGAUUAAGCCGGAGAGCAGUGAGGCCGACUAUCUUGUCGCCCAGAUGUACGUGGGGCCGUUCGGGCGGGUUAGGGCACCCAGGCCGACGGACCAUGUUCUACUUCCGCCACCGGGAUACUUCGGAGUAUACCCGAUGAGUUUUGCUAAGGGGUUGAGGUUCCCCCUUCACCCUUUCGUCACCGAGUAUCUGGACAUGGUGGGGCUUCCUCCGGCCUUCUGACGCCGAACAGUUAUUCCUUGAUAGUGGGCUUCUUGCUUCGGUGUGAGGAGUUGGGCUACAGGCCGACCACGGCCUUAUUCAUGAACUUGUACCAAAUCGGUCGAGGAAGCCACAAGAACUGUGCGGCCUAUGCUACUCUUCAACAGCUGCCGAGGAAGAGGAGCUUCACGGAUUUGCCUACGUCCAUUCAUGGGUGGAAGAGCAAGUUCGUGUUUGUGUCCAUUGGUGAGAGUGGCACCGAGUUCCCCUCCCUCGGCCAUACCGGGAGGUUCAAUCUUCAUGACCCGCCGAAGAGCUCUAUUUUGGACGCUCAGGUGGAGGCUUUCCUGGAAGGGGGGCCGAGGAGCGUGAAAGAUUACGUCACUGAAUACAAGAUGACGGCCCUCGGCUUCUUCAGAUAUCACUUGUAUGGAGAUAAGGAGGAUGACCUCCAGCUCUGGCCGAGGAUGACCACCACCUUUGAGGAGGCCGAUGGCCCGGAUUUGGGCAUUCCUGCUGAGGCCGAUGGUAAUUUUCCUUCGGCUUUCUGUCUUUACGUUUUUGUCCUUUGCCUUGCUAAUCUGUUUGUUUUCCCUUUGUAGACUUUGUCAUGGACCGCCGUUCCAUGAUGGCCAUUGCGAAGGCCAAAGCGGCCGAGGAGAUUGCUGCUAAGGCGGCCGAAGCGGCCAGGCGUGCCGCGGCCGGUGUGAGCGGGGCUACUGCAGAUGCGGCCCCAAAGCCUGCCCCAUCCAAGAAAAAGAGACCGGCCACUGACGGCCAGAAAAAGUUGACCGAGGCCGGUGUGAGCGUCUCUAAGAAGACGAAGAGGGCUCCUUCCCCUUCUCCGGCCAGUGAGGCCGGUACGCUUGUUGUCCCCAGCGUGGGCGAUGGUGGUCCCGUCGUGGACCUUACUGUUGCUGGUGAUGCCGCCCCAGCGCUGCCUCUCGUCCAGGAACCACAGACGAAGAGGGCCGGCAAGGAGAUCGCCGGUGACACCUAUCAGAAAGUGAUAGAGUACCCCGUCGGCGGGGGCGUGUUUAAUGAGCUCGUCCCCGGCCACGUCGUCCUUGCCAAGGCCAUGCCGGCCAAAGAUCGGGCUCAUCUGAAGAAGCUCGAGGACCCGAAGAUUUAUGAGGGCGGCAUGGAUCUCCUCGUCCAAAGUGCCUUCAUGCUUAUGGAAAGCCAUAAGAGGCAGUACUGGGAGAUAGUCCGCCUGCAAGCACUGGAGCAGAAGGCUGCCUCGGCCGACGAGGCGGUAGCUUGCCUUGACCGGCUUCGGGAGGAUGCCAAGGCGCUGCAGGCCAAAGCUGAUGAGGCCGUCGCGGCCAGGGACGUUGCCCUGGUCCAGCUCGAAGAGAGCAAAAGGGAGCUCGCAGAGUCCCGUAGAGCGCUUGAGGCCGAGAAGCGCAGGAGCGAGGAGGCCGCCAAGGCGAAAGCUGAGGCCGAGGCCGCCGUCGUGAGGGCUGCUGAUGAGGCUGUUGAGAAGUUCUUGGCCGAAGGGUGGAAGGCCGAUGAGAGGCUCCCCUGGUGCUACGAGGUGGUGGCCGCCAGGCUAGAGAAUUGGGGGAUGAACUCCCCUGCCGGCCGGGAGUAUUUCAGCCAGGAGAUGUCUGUUUACUACAACCUGGGCCAGGAGCGGAUGCAAAGGCUCCUGUACCGGCGGCUAUCCCGGGCGUUGAAGGCCAUGAAUUACACGGCUGGAUGGGCUAGACGGAACCUGAAGCUCCCAAAGCUGAUGAAGGAUCCCGAAGGGCAGGCCACGCUUCCGCUGUCGGAGCGGGAGUCCCCCAUAGAAAGCUCCGGCCUCGGCGAGCCGGACUAUACUGAGUUCGAUUUCUUGGAUGAUGCCACCAGCGCCGCUGCCGGCCAGGAAGCUGAGGCCGAUGAGGAGGGGGCCGACGAGGUUGAAGAGCCAGCCGUGGAGGCUUGAUCGGCUAGUCCCCAUUGUAGUUAGCUUUUCAUUUGUUGCCC